AUGCCCUGGGAACGCCUCCCGGCUCACCGCUGCAGCCUGUGCCGGUGGUCGGCAGCGGCGGUCGGGGAGCGGUGCCCGGCCCUGCACGCCGGUGCUGGGGCCACUAAUGCUGGCGUGCUCCUUCCAGGCGCCGUUGAAGGCAAAUGUGUCUUCACAUGUAUAUGGAAAAUGCACCGGCCUCCUCGCACGUUUGAGGAAUUUUUACGCUCUCAGAAGUUGAAUGAUUGGCCGAGAUUCCCCUACUUGCCAGAUGCGGACGUUCAUCCUUUGAUUGCUGCAUUAAGAAAUGACUAUUCCUUGGAAAACAUCACUAAGUAUCUUUACGACAACGCUCCACUUUCAAAUGAAUAUCUCUCCAACUUGGAGGAGAGGGUAGAGGAAUGUAAAACUAAAGUCCAGGAACAGGCUAAAAAAAUUCAUUUGGAAUGUAGCGAAGAGGAAAAAGGCCAGUCUCUUCUGGAGCAAGCUGUUGAGCCGCCAGCUUCUGCUUCAAAUGACUUUUUGAUGAUGAAAAAGAAGAAGACAACGGAAGUGGAGUUUGACGCAGGCGCCAUGCAACGUUCACGGUAUAAAAGAGCAGAGAACUACAAGUUCCCAGGUUUCCAGUCACUUCAUCUCACAGAUCUGCCUUAUCAACUAGAAGCUUUCCAUCUUUGGGAUUCAGUUCUAAAAGUCCAAACUUUCAAGCCGGGACUUAAUUUAAAAGUUCUGAAGAAAUUGUUUCUCUCGGAAGCGUCCGUUGCGCUUUUACAGGAUUGCUUUUGGUGGUGGUUUCUUCAGAAGUACAAGCCCGAUCAAGGACAACAGGAUUGUCUUUUUGACAGAAUAUCCGACAGCUUUGUGGCACUUCUGAUGAGUACCCCCAAUUACAUAAAGGAUCCUUUCUUUCAGAUGUACCCUGACUGCUUGUCGCAAGCCAUCUAUCUUACUUUUCGUGAAGCUUUUCCCAAUUCUCGUUUCGGUGAUGAGUUUAAAGAUGAACUAAUCGAUUUAAUUUUCCAGUGGAUAAGAGGUUUCAAACCACAGAAAUUUGCUUGGAAGAAAUGGAAUUUAUGGUGCUUGGAAAAGCCUGGGAAACACAUCACAAGAAGAGAUUCCGUUGCUGUGUCAAUGCUCAGCUUUACACCUUGGGAAACGUCAAAGUCCCUGAGGUUUCAGUUCGCAUCAGACAAGUACAGUGAUUUAAAGGACAAAACAGUGCCGACGAAACAGUCCCAUUAUGCCGGAGAUGGGCCGGAGUUCCAGCGUUCGCUGUUCAACCUCGGAGGGCAAAGUCCCUUGGUCUUGUAUUAUCUCAAGGUGCACGGGAUCCCUAACACCCUAGGAAAAUCUCGGCUUUACAAGAUCACUCACACUGAAAUUUGCAAAGAACCGGCAGUGUCUCCCACUUAUCAAGAUGUCAUUGUGGAAAGUCAGAAGUUCACCAAGAAACUGCACGAUGAUUUUCUCGAUUUUGAGCAUAGAUGCACCGAAGAACUAACGGAGAUAGAAGAGCAGAGAGAAAAAGUGAACCGGAGAUUCCUAAGGCUGUUGGCAAAAGUCAACAAGAAUCCUAAUGAACUACAGUUGAGAACGCAGGCCUUAAUCCAGAAACUGGAAGGGUACAGCUCCCUCCACCAGAACCCUCAUUAG